CUUUUAUUUUGACGUUACGUAGGACCCGGAAGUGGAAGAUGCAAACAGCUACACAUCGUGUAAGACAGGUGAACUUCAGAUGAUUUGACAGAAGUGUAGCCGGCGGAAGUGGGUUUGUGUCACUAUCAGACUUGUUAAUGUUGAGGCACCUGCAUGUUACAGUCAGCAGGACAUUCACGGGAAUCUCAUGGGAUGUCGCGCUCACAUUUAUAGAGCAAGAGUGAUAUUAGAUUAGAUCCACAAUGGCUGAUAAGGGAAACAGGAAGUUUUCUCCGCGCUACAGGAGACAGAAGGAAGCAGAUGAAGCUGAGAGCUGGAGGAGCCCGUUGGGACGGGACGGCGUGAACCACGAACGCAGUUACAGUCCUAAGACAAAGCGGCGUCACGGUCGAACUUAUGAUAGUGACGGGAACAGAAGAGCCAAAGCCUCACUGUCGUGCAGCUCCCCUGAGGGACAAGCGUUCGGACAGAGUCCUUCUCACAAGGACCGAAUCCAGAGGGGUUCACCCGCCGACCGGAGGAACUGGAGAGAACGACAGCGAGAUGGACAGAAACACGACAAGCUCGACAGCAUGCAGAACUGGAGGGAGAAGAGCAGGAUUGUCUCGAUUGAAAGCUGCCUCACUAGACGGGACGUUUUACAGCAGUGCUUGGAAGCCGAAGGCAGUGAUUGUGACCUUAAAGAGUCGAGCAUUAGUCUGAAGUUCAGGUGUGAUAAAUGUAAGGUGUACUGUGAAGACAUGUCACCAGCACUCAAUCACAUCAGAGAAAGAGCCCACAGAAAGAAAGCCAAGGAGCUGCAGAAGAUGACGUUGCUGUUGAACAUCCCUCCCCCUGAGAAAACCCAGUGUCAUUCGAUCAGCUCGGCUCUGGAAAGUGUGGCCGCUGAGUUCGGUUUAAACGAUCAGGAUUUGAAACAACGCCAAGAUAUUCACGCACUCGUUGAGAAAGUCCUUGAGCCUGUCCUUCCAGAUUGCCAGUUCAGGUUAUACGGAUCUUCCUGUACUAAGUUUGGGUUCAAAGACUCUGAUGUAAACAUUGAUGUGAAGUUUCCAUCCCAUUUCCAGCAUCCUGAUGUUCUGCUCGUGGCUCAAGAGCAUCUCUCUAAAAGUGCUCUUUUUGUCAAUGUGGAGGGAGAUUUUCAUAGGAGGAUGCCUGUAGUUGUGUGCAAAGAAAAAUCAAGUGGUCUCAUCUGCAAAGUCAGUGCAGGCAAUGAAAGUGCAUGCUUGACAACAGCAUAUUUGGCUGAGUUGGCAAAUCUGGAACCACAGCUCGUCCCGCUGGUCAUAUGCUUCAGAUACUGGGCUAAGAUCUGUUGUGUGGACCAGAUGGAAGAAGGUGGACUUCCGUCCUACUGCUUUGCUCUCAUGGUCAUCAGCUUCCUGCAGCGGCGCAAAGAACCCAUCCUACCGUCAUACCUAGAAUCUGUGGUUUUGCCCUUGAGUAAACUGAAGAGUUUCUCUUUAGUCGGGGUUGAAAAAGGACACGUGCUUUGGGUAUAUGAUCAAACCUCAAACGAUUCAUCUCAAGAUAAAGAAAAAGCCGUCAGGAAGGGAAAGUGCCCGCUGGUUUUUAAAGCCCGUAGUCCUCCUGUGCUGCCAGGGAAGCUUUGGGUGGAGUUAUUACGGUAUUAUUCACUGGAGUUUCAAAUACCUGAGAAAAUCAUUAGCGUGCGCACAAACGGUGACCUGUGGCGUGAUCUAAAAGACUGGCCCAAGAAGAGGAUUGCAAUCGAAGAUCCAUUCGCCGUCCAGAGGAACGUGGCUCGGACAUUGAACAGUCAGAUGAUGUUUGACUAUUUGUUGCAUUGCCUCAAAACAACUUACAAGUACUUUGCUUCUCCUUCAAAAAGCACAGCAGGGAAAGUCAGUUCAAACACUCAGUCUGACAGAUCUGUGAGUGCUGUGAAUCAUGUUGAUUCAGUGAAAAGAAGCCCAAAAGUGCCAUCUGAGGAUUUGAAGAGGUCUCAUGCGAGAUCCAGUCCACAGAGUGCAGAGGAGCUGGAGGACUCGGACUGCAUCAUUGAGCUGGAGCUGGAUGAGGAGGAGGAAGCCGACUCUGACAUGGAGACUGAGGGUGAAGAUGAGGAGGAAGAAGAGGAGGAAGAAGAUGACAUCGAGCUCGAUGGAUCUGGAUGUGAUCACUCCGGCGAUGAGAUCUUCCCGUUCGAGCGGGAGAUGAGUGAUGAUGUGGGGUCUGAUGUGGGUGAUCCAGAGGACGCAGCGUCUGUCCCAGACAAACCCAAAGCAGAGUUUAGCAAAUCUGAAUAUCCUGUAGGAGCUCCGGCAGGCCCUGAAGGCUUUCAGUAUGUCUUCAGCAAGCGGUUUUUCAGUGACGGCAAGUCCCCUGUUCUGAUAUGCAGCCUUUGUAAGAGCGAUGGGCAUUCGAAACAGGACUGUCCCGAGGACUUCAAACGAGUGGAGCUGGAUCCCCUUCCGUCCAUGACUCUAGAUUUCAUCAAGAUCCUCAAUGAUGCCUGUGAGCAAUGCUACAGUGACUUUGCACCAGAUGAUGUGGAGGUGAAAGUCAGAGAACAUAUUUUACAAGAUUUCGAGAGUUUCCUGAGAUGUCAAGUCCCAGGAGCCAAGUUGGUUUUGUUUGGCUCAUCCAAAAAUGGGUUUGGCUUUAAACAGAGUGACUUGGACAUUUGCAUGACUCUAGAAGGCCAGGACACAGCGGAGGGUUUGGACUCCAUGGCUGUUAUCGAGAGUUUGGCCAAAGCUCUGCGGAAACACCACAGCCUGAGAAACAUCCUACCUAUUACUACUGCAAAAGUCCCAAUUGUGAAGUUUUACCACACCAAAACUGGACUAGAGGGAGAUAUAAGCUUGUACAAUACACUGGCUUUGCACAACACAGAAUUGCUGGCAUCGUAUGCAGCGAUUGAUGCUCGGGUCAAGAUCCUCUGCUACGUCAUGAAAGUGUUUGCUAAAGUGUGCGACAUUGGAGAUGCGUCUCGUGGGAGUCUGUCUUCAUAUGCCUAUACUCUAAUGGUGCUGUACUUCCUUCAACAAAGAAGCCCACCUGUCAUCCCAGUUCUCCAAGAGAUGUUUGUUGGGGAGACAAAGCCAGUAGUUCUUGUUGAUGGCUGGGAUAUACAUUUCUUCAAGGAUUUGAAGAACUUGCAUAAAUACUGGCCGGAGUACAAGAAGAACAAGGAGUCUGUGGGGCAGCUGUGGCUUGGCCUGCUGCAGUUUUACACCGAGACUUUUGACUUCAAGGAGACCGUUGUCUGCAUCCGCAGAAAAGAGCCUCUCACCACCUUCAAGAAGCAGUGGACCUCCAAACAUCUCGCCAUCGAGGAUCCCUUUGAUUUGAGUCAUAAUCUUGGAGCUGGUCUGUCACGGAGAAUGGCGAGUUUCAUCAUGAAGGCCUUCAUCAACGCCCGAACAGUUUUCGGGACCCCCGUCAGAAGCUUCCCACCAGAGUACUCAAAUAAAAUGGAGUAUUUCUUUGACCCAGAGGUGCUGACAGAGGGCAAACUUGCACCCAAUGACCGCUGCUGCCGAAUCUGUGGGAAGAUUGGGCACUUUAUGAAAGACUGUCCAAUGCGAAGGAGACAAAGACGUGACACUGAUGGAUCGUUCAGCGGACGUGAUGUGAACAGACCCGAUGGCAGGGUGAUGAAUGACGGCAGCCCCUACACGGAGGGACGAUGGCGGCAUAGAGAGGAGAAGUGCUGUUAUCUGUGCGGCUCCAACACUCACAUCAAGAAGGACUGCCUGCUGGCCAAAUCUUCAGAAUCCUCUCCAAACACAUACCAAAGAAGCCCAGCAUCAGUGGACAGACUAGACAGUCCUCAGCAGGACAGGAAAAAGAAGCGAAAAGCAAAAAGGAUUAUUUUGGGUCCUGAAGCAGGUAGUCUUGCCAGCAGACAUGCGUCAUUAAAUGCGUCUAUGGAGAAGUGGAGCCCUUUCAAGUAAAUCAUCUAAAGUGAGCCGUUCCAGGCUGAAGCAGAGCGUUUUUGGAUCUCCAGCAGCCGCAGCUCAGUAUUAUCAUGAACCCCAGUUAAAGCGCAGUGAUGAAUGUGCCUUGUAUAGGUGUCUGAUUUUUAGUUGUUUUUUUCUAAUUGUGAAAUGAAUGUGAUGUUUCUCAUUUUAUCUGUUUUUAUUUUUUUAAAUUAAGAGUCCAGCUGAUUAUCUCUGUAAUUUAGACUAUAGCCCCAAUGUGUGUUUUUGAAUUUCCUUGAAUAGUUUUAGUAACACACAUGUACAAAAUGUGCGUCUUGUGCAUGUACCAAGAAGCGUUUUAUUUUGUAUAAAAUGUACAUAUAGAAAUGCUGGUUGGGGUCUGUGUAUUUACAAUGAUGCUGAUAUUAUAUCAUUGUUGAGCUUUUCAUUGUGCAUUUUUCCGUUUGGCUGGGCGUGGUUUUAGUUUAGUUUAUAUUAGUGCUUCGCUUUUUGCUGAAUGAAUUGUGUAUGUUUGGGGAAAAAGGCUCCAUUGCCUACAUUGCAUUUGCUGCAGUGUCAAUAAACACAAUGAAUUCCCUCCAUAUUAGUAAUUUAACUCUGGUCCCUUUUUUUUUUUUUUUUUUUUUUUU